GACAUGGCAGUCUCUUAUUCGUACUGUUACUAUACAAACAGCAAAAAGAAAAAUAUUCAAAAAUAAAAAUAAAAAAAUCAACAAAGAGAUUCAGAUAAGAUCAUGAGAUCGUUCCGUGUUAUUUUCCGAUCGCCGGACUGACUUCACUGUGUGAAUCUCUAGUUAUCUGCAGCUGCUAAACCUGUCCGGAGCUUUAUCCGCAGCUGCUCCGAAAAAAAAAUGGCGAGGAGCAGAUCGUCGUCGAGCAGGUGGAGAUAUGUGAAUCCGGCGUAUUAUUUGAAGAGACCUAAGAGAUUAGCUUUGCUUUUAAUGGUGUUUGUUGGCGCCAGUUUAGUUGUUUGGGAUCGGCAGACUCUAGUUCGGGAGCACGAGGAAGAGCUGUCUAAAUUGAGUGAUGAAGUUAAUCGGUUACAAAAUCAACUUGAAGAACUUAAAGCUGGUCAAAGUGGAGAAGUAAAGGAAAAUGCUCGCCACAAUGAUGAAGCGAGUUUGGAUUCAGGUGGUUUUGAUGAUCCAGUUGACCUAGAACGAAGAGAGAAAGUUAAAGAUGCUAUGAUUCAUGCAUGGAGUUCAUAUGAAACCUAUGCUUGGGGUCAUGAUGAACUUCAGCCGCAGUCGAAAAAUGGUGUUGAUAGCUUUGGUGGUCUUGGAGCAACUUUAAUUGAUGCUCUUGACACUCUAUACAUAAUGGGAUUGAAGGAGCAGUUCCAAAAGGCUAGAGAGUGGGUUGCACAAUCCUUGGACUUUAACAAGAACUAUGAUGCCAGUGUGUUCGAGACAACCAUAAGGGUUGUUGGUGGACUUCUCAGUGCAUAUGAUCUUUCUGGAGAUAAAGUUUUCCUUGACAAGGCUAAGGAUAUUGCUGGCAGGCUACUGCCUGCUUGGGAUAGUCCUUCAGGCAUUCCGUUUAAUAGAAUAAACUUGGCUGAUGGGAAUCCACAUAAUCCUGGAUGGACUGGGGGUAAGAGCAUUCUGGCAGAUUCUGCCACAGAGCAGAUCGAAUUUAUUGCACUGUCCCAAAGAACCGGUGAUCCCAAAUAUCAGCAAAAGGUGGAAAAUGUCAUAUUAGAGCUUAAUAAAACCUUUCCAUCCGAUGGCUUGCUUCCCAUCUACAUUGAUCCGCACAGUGGAACAAGUUCACGUUCGACCAUAACUUUUGGAGCCAUGGGGGACAGCUUCUAUGAAUACUUACUCAAGGUCUGGAUACAAGGAAACAAAACCACUGCAGUGAAGCAUUAUAGGGACAUGUGGGAGACAUCCAUGAAAGGUCUUCUAAGCUUGGUGCGGAGAACUUCCUCAUCUUCUUUUACUUAUGUCUGUGAGAAGAUUGGAACCUCUUUAAUUGAUAAGAUGGAUGAACUUGCGUGUUUUGCUCCAGGAAUGAUAGCAUUGGGAUCUAAGGACUACGGCCCUGAUGAAUCUAAGAAAUUCUUAUCGCUGGCUGAGGAGCUAGCAUGGACCUGCUAUAACUUCUACCAGUCCACACCAACAAAAUUGGCUGGAGAAAAUUACUUUUUUAAUCGAGGACAGGAUAUGAGUGUUGGAACAUCGUGGAAUAUAUUGAGGCCAGAGACAAUCGAGUCACUCUUUUAUCUCUGGCGUUUGACGGGAAACAAGACUUAUAAAGAGUGGGGCUGGAAUAUCUUCCAAGCAUUUGAGAAGAAUUCCCGCACAGAGUCAGGAUAUGUUGGAUUAAAGGAUGUUAACACUGGCGUAAAAGACAACAUGAUGCAGAGCUUUUUUCUGGCAGAGACACUGAAAUAUCUAUACCUCCUUUUUUCACCUUCCUCAGUCAUUUCCCUCGACGAAUGGGUUUUUAACACAGAGGCUCACCCUAUAAAAAUCGUAACCCGCCAUGACUUGGUGGAUGCAUCAGGAAAGUCUAGUGGAAAACAGAUAGAAAUUCGAUCACGUGCCAGGAAAGAAGGCCGGUUUCAUGAUACCUAGAAAAAAACCUAAAAAAAAAAAAAGAAAAAAAUCUAGAUUUAUUUGCAUUACACCUAUACUUCACCUGAAUCUUGAGGCCCUAGAAUUAGAAGGACAAAGAGUGCUUGAAGAAAAAAUGGCUCAAUCGACUCGUGCAGGUUUCUUAGAUGAUUUGUCACUGCACGAUUGAGCUCCUGAAUAUCCGUUUUGAUUUGUAACAUUAGCAUAUAUACGAUUCAAAAUUUUUCUGGAUUUUCGCCAUACGGUUUUUUGUAUGCUUGGUGCAGAAUUUGUUUUAGGGAAAAGACACAGUCUUGCCACUGAAUGUUGUGGUUUUCUCAAGGGAUACAGUGCUGCUAAGUGCAGAUGCAUUUGUUGUAUCAUUGU